AUGAACCAGGAACCUGUGACAAUCACAGCAGGCAAGACCCUCAUUCUCACAUGUAUUCUGACUCAGAAAGAUCAGCCAGCAAGCGCCGAAUGGUACAAAGACCUGGGCAAUGACCAGAAGAUAAUUUACAGGGAAAGUGACAAAUCUUCUCGCGGGGUGAGGCUCGUUCCAGGAUCGCAAACGGACUUCCGUGUCAGCCUCAACAACAUCAGCCCUGGAGAUAGCGGGACCUACUGCUGUUCGUUGGUCAAGGAAGGUCCCCAAAGCAGAAAAUCUAUCAAGACCAAAUCGGUGGUCUCUGUGAUUGCCCAUCCCUCCCAGCCUUUGCUUCGUGGUCCUUCAGACAGCAUCACGGUGGGAUCCCAGAUUUCUUUCAGGUGUUCUGCAAAAGAAUUCCCCUCCCAAGAAAUCACAGUCAUCUGGUUAAAGGACAGCAAUGAAAUACAAGCUGCCCGGACUGACAUUCUGAAUUAUACUAUGGAGGAGGGCAUCCGGUACUGCGUAGAGAGCACGGUGGACAUCUUGCUCAGACCGGAAGAUAUGGGGUCGGUGCUGUCAUGCCGGGUUCGACACAGCUCCUUGGAGGACUCCUUACAGCAGGACCUUCGACUCAGUGAAGUCGUAAGAGGCUGGACACCAAAUUCUCCCAAUAGUCUCUGGAUUGCCCUUUUCCUGAACAAAGCAGCCGUCCUUCUCCUUGUCUCUUUCCUCUUCCUGAUAAAACUGUGCAAGAAACCUCUCCAGAACAUCCCAGGAAACGAAGCCAUCUGA